AUGGCGCCCUCGGCCACCAAAACCGAGUGGGAUCACCAGUUCGAUACCCUCCGCCGAGAGGACCUCUUCCGAAACCCCCCCAAGGAUCACAGUGCCUAUCCCGCCCUUCAAUUAGCCAUCGAUCCUCACCUUGAGUCCUUCAAUGGUCUCUUUCGCGACGAUGGCAAGCCAGGCCUACUGGCGCAUGGCAUAGCCGACAUUGGCGGCAAAACAUUCCUCGACGGCGACGACCGCGCCGCUUCAGACGGAAAGAACCGUCUAUCCGUCCGAUACAAGGAUGUUUUUCUCCAGAAGCCUCAGGUUCCUCCUUCUAACAAGAUGGCCCGGAACCGUCAGGUUUUCCCCGCCGAGUGCAGAGAGCGUCACGUAACAUAUCGAGGUAGACUUUCGGCUACCCUCGAGUUUCGCAUCAAUGGCGGCGACCCAGUUGAAUUCACACGAGAGUUUGGCCAGGUUCCUGUCAUGAUCAAGUCAAACCGAUGCCAUCUCGAGAACAACUCACCUGCGCUUCUUGUUGAGCGGAAAGAAGAAUCUGAGGAACUUGGAGGAUACUUUAUCGUGAACGGUAUUGAGAAGAUCAUUCGAAUGCUGCAGAUGAAUAAGCGAAACUUCCCCAUGGCUAUCAAUCGACCAAGUUUCCAGAACCGUGGACCUGGUUACACACCCUACGGUAUCAUCCUUCGUGCAGUCCGUCCCGACGAGACUUCUCAAACCAACGUUCUUCACUACCUCAACGACGGUAACAUGACCUUCCGUUUCUCGUGGCGUAAGAACGAAUACCUUGUUCCCGUCAUGAUGAUUCUUAAGGCUCUGGUUGAGACCAACGACCGCGAAAUUUUCGAGGGACUGAUUGGCCCCGCUGGUUCCAAGUCAGCCGGGAACACUUUCCUUACGGACCGAAUCGAGCUGCUUCUGCGGACGUACAAGUCUUACGGCCUCUACAGCAAGUUGGACACAAGGGCAUACCUGGGCGAGAAGUUCCGCGUUGUUCUCGGAGUGCCAGACACUAUGACCAACCUGGAGGUUGGAACCGAGUUUCUGCGAAGAAUUGUCUUGGUUCACCUUGGAAAUGUCGAUGUUACCGAGGACCAGGAUAGGGAGAAAUUCAAGCUGCUUCUCUUUAUGAUCCGAAAACUGUAUGCGCUUGUCGCUGGAGACUGCGCGGUCGAUAACCCUGAUGCUGUUCAGAACCAGGAGAUUUUGCUUGGUGGUUUCUUGUACGGUCAGAUCCUCAAGGAAAGGCUCGACGAAUUCCUUAGCGUUAACGUUCGAGCCUCCUUGCGAGACUAUCUUCGAAGGAACCCUGGCGUUUCUUUCACAUCUGAAGAUUUCCGCAAAGAAUUCCCCAACAAUAUUUUCCGCAAGGCCAACGAGAACCUCGGAAAUGCCUUGGAGUAUUUCCUGUCAACAGGUAACCUGCAAAGUGCAUCAGGUCUUGAUUUACAACAAACAGCUGGUUUCACUGUCGUGGCCGAGAAACUUAACUUCUUGCGUUUCAUUAGUCAUUUCCGCAUGGUCCAUCGAGGUGCCUUCUUUGCCCAGCUAAAGACAACAGCCGUACGAAAGCUGCUUCCGGAGUCUUGGGGAUUCAUGUGCCCCGUCCAUACACCUGAUGGUGCCCCUUGUGGUCUCCUAAACCAUCUGGCGCACAAGUGCAAAAUUAUGACUGACUACGUUGAUGUGUCCCACAUUGCCACGCUUGCUGCGGAGCUCGGAGUCGUUGAUGUAUCCUCAGCCUCGACCGAGGAAAACGUUGUUGUUAUGCUCGACGGCAAGGUUCUUGGUUUCUGUACCCCCAAGGAGUCUGUCAGAAUUGCAGACUGCUUCAGAUACUGGAAGGUUGAGGGCACCCACGGAGUUCCUCUACAGCUGGAAAUUGGUUAUGUUCCUCCAUCCAAGGGUGGUUCUUACCCUGGUGUGUACAUGACAUCAACGCCCGCAAGAAUGGUGCGCCCUGUGAAAUAUCUUCCUCUCCAGAAGGAGGAUUGGGUCGGUCCUUACGAGCAGCCUUAUAUGUCCAUCGCUGUGGUGCCCCAGGAGGUGGAGUCCGGCAAAUCAACCCACGUCGAGUUCGACCCAACCAACAUACUUUCGAUUCUCGCCAAUAUGACCCCCUUCUCCGACUUCAACCAGUCUCCCCGUAACAUGUACCAGUGUCAGAUGGGUAAGCAAACCAUGGGAACUCCUGGCACUGCUAUCCGAUACCGAACCGACAACAAGUCAUACCGUAUACAAACCGGUCAAACUCCUAUUGUCCGAGCACCCCUUCACAACACCUAUGGAUUCGACAACUUCCCCAACGGCAUGAACGCAGUUGUAGCUGUCAUCUCAUAUACCGGAUACGACAUGGACGACGCUAUGAUCCUGAACAAGAGUGCACACGAGCGAGGUUUUGGUCACGGCACCAUCUACAAGACGAAGAAGAUUUCACUCAAGGACGACUCCCGAACGAAGGCUACCAAGAGUGUUACUAAGGCUUUUGGAUUCGCGCCGCACAGUUACGUGAGUGCCCAGUACCAGGGCAUGCUGGAUGACGAUGGUCUGCCGCAUGUCGGUCGCCUGAUACAAGAGGGCGACGUCAUUUGCGCAUGGCACACCGUGACUCCCGACUAUAAUGGCAAAUUAGUGAACCUCGACGGCAUCACCCAUUACGAGAAGUACAAGGACGGAGAGAAUGGCUUUGUUGAAGAGGUCCGCCUGAUCGGAGCCGAGUCUGGCAACGAGCCCCUGCAGACAAUCUCCGUCAAGUUCCGUGUUCCUCGAUCACCCAUUAUCGGUGACAAGUUCUCGUCUCGUCACGGACAGAAGGGUGUUGCAUCACAGAAGUGGCCCACGAUGGAUUUGCCAUUCUCCGAGACCGGCAUCUCUCCUGAUAUUAUUAUUAACCCCCACGCUUUCCCUUCUCGUAUGACGAUAGGCAUGUUUGUGGAGUCGCUAGCAGGCAAGGCUGGUGCGCUGCAUGGCCUUGCGCAAGACUCGACGCCGUUCAAGUUUGACGAAGAGAACACGGCAGGAAAUUACUUUGGCCACCAGCUGAUGAAGGCCGGAUACAACUACCACGGCAAUGAGCCCAUGUACUCUGGCAUUACUGGGGAGGAGCUCGCAGCUGACAUCUACAUCGGAGUUGUUUACUACCAGCGACUGCGACACAUGGUGAACGAUAAGUACCAGGUGCGAACCACAGGUCCUGUCGUUCCUACGACUGGUCAGCCUAUCAAGGGCCGAAAGAGAGGUGGUGGUAUUCGUGUGGGAGAGAUGGAGCGCGAUGCUCUGCUGGCGCACGGAACUGCCUUCUUGCUCCAGGAUCGAUUGCUCAACUGUUCUGAUUACUCCAAAUCUUGGAUCUGCCGCCGAUGUGGUUCCUUCCUCUCUGUGCAGCCCACAGUGUCACAGUUCGCACCGGGCAAGAAGAAGGCCGCGAGCAUUGUGCGAUGCCGCGCAUGUGCGGUCAAGUUGGAUGAUUCGGAGGGCAUCGACCUUACCGAGAUCCAGGGUGAGAUUUGGGAGGACGGUCACGGUAACUCGUGGGUUGGCGGUGACCACACUACGCAGGUUGUUGUGCCUGGUGCGCUCAAGUAUCUCGACGUGGAGCUUGCAGCGAUGGGUGUCAAGCUCAAGUACCGCGUGGACCGUGGCGAUGAGCCUCGAAAGGGUCCGAUGAGACCUAUGGCAUUGGAUGGCGUUCGGGUUGGAAAAUAG